UAAUGACGUCCAUUAGCUAGGACGUUACAGUGGGCUAACGGCUGUCAGUCAGGUAGCGGAGAGGCUCCUGACGUAUAAACAGACCGUUAAACUAUAUUAAAAUACAGUUUUUAUAUGUUAUAAAGUCGCCAUGUCUUGGGUUAAAGCUGUUCCGUUCGGUGGAGAAGAUGUCUUCGACGAGAAUGCGGACGACAUCAGCCUGCUGAGCCGAGAGUGGACGACCAACAUGAAGAGGAGAGUCCGGGACGGGUAUGUGGACGGAGUGGAUGCCGGGGAGGAGGCCUCUCUUCAGGCCGGGUUCAACCAGGGGUUCCGGGAAGGAGCAGCUCAGACUGCCGCUGUGGGCCGUCUCAAAGGAAUAUUAAGCGCUGUAUGGUGCUGGUGCCAGAUUCAACAUCCGGAAAGCCCCGUCCCAGCCUCUGUGACCGACCUCCUGCGGCGGGUUUCACAGCACGAAGAGGCGGUGCUGGACGGCAUCAGGAAGACGUUGGAGAAUCCUCCUCCCAGCGUGAGCUCCGUCUCUGACAGCAUGGAGGAUCUGGAGGUGCAGCAGGCAGAUUCAGGCUGCUGUGGGGAGGGAUGUAGAGAAACAGACUGCUGCAGGGGAGGAGAGAAAAUGGACCUGGACGGUUCUCAACAGCAACAAAAGCCCUGUUCUGGGUCCACUGACUGCUCCUCCGGCUUAAGCGAAAGCCUGAACUUCCUCCUGCAGCGCUGCGUGGAUCUCGUGUCAGAGCUCGAACUCCCGCAGGAGCUGAUCAGUCACAUACAGGAGCUGCAGAACAUGUAGUGGUUGAACGUCAGGGAACAGAAUCACAGCGGUUUUGGGACAAUACGAGGACACGAACUAUGAAACAAACGGGUUUUAGUGUAAACUCCUUACACACGGCUAUGAAGUAUAUUGGAUGUAAAUAAUGUUUAAUAUUUAAUUUCUGAAUUUGUAUAAAAUGGUUGAAGAAUAUUUGAAAAUAAAAACUGAUCUAUUUUCUUGCCCGUCUAAAUGAAA